AUGUCGCAGAAUCAUGCCUUGUCCGAUGACCAGGUUGCGGGCGAGCUCCGCAAGAUGACGGCCUUCAUCCGUCAGGAGGCUCUCGAGAAGGCUCGUGAGAUCGAGUUGAAGGCCGACGAGGAGUUCGCCAUUGAGAAGUCAAAGCUCGUCCGCCAGGAGACGGCCAACAUCGACACCCUGUACGAGAAGAAGUUCAAGCAGGCCUCCAUGUCCCAGCAGAUCACCCGCUCUACGCUCGCGAACCGUACCCGUCUCCGCGUCCUCUCCGCUCGUCAGGAGCUGCUCGAUGAUCUCUUUGAGCGUGCCCGUCAAAAGGUCGCUGACGUCUCCACCGGCGACGAGAGCAAGUACCAGGAAAUCCUGAAGGGGCUGGUCCUCGAGGGUCUCUACUACCUGAAUGAGGAGAAGGUGUCUGUUCGCGCCAGGGAGAAGGAUUACGACAGUGUGAAGAAGGCCAUUGAGAAAGCGUCAGAGGAGUUCAAGGAGAAGGUUGGCAAGGAUGUGACUGUCGAGGUGGACGAGGAGGAGCCGCUCCCCGAGGGAUCCGCCGGUGGUGUCGUUAUUGUCAGUGGUGCCGGAAAUAUCGACAUCAACAACACAUUCGAGGAGCGUCUAAGACUGCUGGAGAUCGAUGCUCUUCCCGCUGUCCGACAGACGCUCUUCGGCAGGAACGAGAACCGGAAGUUCUUCGAUUAG